AUGAGGAAGGUGGCACGUGCGAGAGGAGGGAAUGAUUGUGUGGGACGGCGAUGUUUCAGAGACAAAUGGUCACAGCUGCUCUAUGUUCGCCACAUUCUACGAUGGGCUGUCACGUGCUGUACCGACAUGACCCAACCACAGCACCUUCGUGCUUAUGUGUCCUUGAAAUUGAAGGGAUGCACCCCACAGGUCCAAUUUCAGACAUUAUUAUCUUCCUAG